UAUAGGCCCGGUCAACUUUUUCAAAAAAAUGGAAAUACCCCAUAUUUGAAGUGAUAUUACAUGUGUAAAAAUGUAUACAAUAAUUUUAGGAUGCAUGUCAAAUGUAGCUGAGUGCUUAAUAAAAAUGUUGAUAUACAACAUGUAGGUGUCACCAUGAUUCCUAGCUUAUAGAUUGGUGCAAAUACGAAACUAAGACACGUGGUCAGUUGCUGAAGAAAUUCCGGUGAAAACAUGCAGGGUCUAGCAAAAGGUCUGUAGCUGUGAGAGAAGGUGGAUGGCCCCAUAUGAGAGUGACUUGGAGCUGAUGAGCAGCACAGAUUGUGGUGGUUCUGAAUAUCAACAUACUUUUACUGUAAAACAAAAUGGCGGUACAUGAGUUGAACUCAACAGAAUAUGCCACUAUGGAAACGGAAUUGGAAAAAGAGUUGCCUUACUCCAUCUGUGUUUUUAGCCAUUUCAAAUUACUGAGGAGGGGUUGGUUGACUGAUAAAGCAGUUCUCGUGGAUAGUUGGCCAGAUUUCACUGCAGUUGUCAUCGUGGAUAGCAAGAGGAAGAAAACUUUGCCAUACGCAGUGUCCUUCUGCAAACAACCGGAUUCCUGUCAAUUUCUGGAGAUCUUGCUACGACAUGCUUUUGAAGUGCUGUCAUCACCUUUAUUCAUUACUGGCUGUACAGAUGCUGUGAUAGAUGCAUUGGUUAACCGUUUCAAAGAUGCAGAAACCUCUCCUGUUAAAAAAUUCAGUGAAGGAGUAGCUUUUACACUUCCUCCUGACAAAAUAGUUCCUCUAGAAGCUCCAGAUGGACUCAGAAUCUCCAAAUUAAAGCAAUCUCAGGUAGAAAAUGUUUACAACUCGUGGGAAUAUACAGAGGAAUAUGAGCGACAUGCAGACUUGAGGUACUGGAUAAGGUACCACAUCUCCAAUUUCCACACCGUCUGUAUCGAGACCGAGGAUGGACGUCCUGUUGCCUGGGAACUUCAACAAGAAUAUGGUGGGAUUGGGAUGUUGUACGUGGAACCUGAGUACAGAAGAGCCAAUCUUGGAAGCGUUGUCACGAGAACACUCGCUGGAAAACUGGUUAAAGACGGUGAAUCAGUGUUUGCUUUUGUUGAAGACAGCAACGAGACAUCAAUUAAUUUCCACAAGAAAAAUGGUUACGUACUUAUGCCUUUCAAAGCUUCAUUUGCAAUCUACAAUUUGUAGCAACGAACAGCAAAUUUUUCUCACAGAAUAUCUACAGAGGACAAAUAUUGAGACCUUAAUAUAGCGAGUAAAGAGAA